CUAUAUAAUCACAACCUCCGAAUAAACCCAAGUUUGUUAGGAGACUGCAAAUUCAUUUGUUUCUUGCUCUUAGUCUGGCAAGAAACGUACUUCAUCAGCCCAAGUUUCUUACUCUUAGCUUGGCCAUUACUUUGCUUCAAUGUCCAUCUUAUCUCAACCUCACUACCACCCUCUACCCAAGUCCUUAUUAAACACCGCCCAUCACCACCAAUGCCUCCCCAUCCGAAUCCUUUGCUCCACCACCACCACCACCAAAAAACUCAAAUACAACCCCGGACACCACCUAGUCAAGGAAUCACCACCACCACGACUCACCGCACCCACACCCACUAACCACCACCGUGUCACACUCGAUGACCUGACCUUACAAUCAACAUGGUCCCACCGCGCGUGGCUGGCAACCGGGUGCACCACCGUGGCUAUUUCUCUAGUAAAGUGCGUAACCGCUGCAGCCGAUUCACACAACUGGCUAGAACCCAUUCUAGCCGGAUUGGUCGGGUACAUACUAGCAGAUCUCGGGUCUGGAGUCUACCACUGGGCCAUAGACAACUAUGGUGAUGCCUCGACCCCGGUUUUCGGAUUACAAAUAGAAGCAUUUCAAGGCCACCACAAGUACCCUUGGACCAUCACUAGGCGCCAAUUCGCCAACAACCUCCACGCGCUCGCACGUGUCAUAACCUUCACCGUUCUUCCUUUAGACCUCGCAUUCAACGACCCGGUUCUACACGGGUUCGUGGCCGUUUGUUCGGGUUGCAUCAUGUUUAGCCAGCAGUUCCAUGCUUGGGCCCACGGCACCAAGAGCCGCCUCCCGCAGCCGGUGGUGGUGUUGCAAGACGCUGGGGUGCUAGUGUCCCGGUCGCAGCACGCGGCCCACCACCGGCCGCCGUAUAAUAACAACUACUGCAUUGUGAGUGGCGUGUGGAAUGGGGUGUUGGAUGAGUACAGAGUGUUUGAAACGUUGGAGAUGUUUGUGUUUUUUAAGCUUGGAGUGAGACCCAGGUCAUGGAGUGAGCCUAACUAUGAGUGGAUCCAAGAGGAGUCUGAGACUGAAAUCCCCCUUCUCAAACAACACUUUCACUGAAUUUAUUUACACAUGUCCGUUUCGCCUAUCUACAAUUAUAUUUAAUUUGUUGAAAGAUUUAUUCAUAAAUAAAGAUGAGAACAGGUUAUUUAGGUUUCAA